AUGCGUUUCACAGCUGCUUCCGUUGCCCUCUUCGCUGGCUCUGCUCUCGCCAGCUACCAAAAUGGCUACCCUGUCGAUCCUUAUCCUGAGCCGACCACCGUCUACUCCACCAAGGACGUGACUAUCACCAGCUGCCCCCCAGGUGUUUACAACUGCCCAGGUAAUCAACCUCAGCCUACCGGGUAUCCCGUUUCCUCGGAUUAUCCCGUCUCCUCCGAUGAGCCCCUGCCUACUGGCUACCCAACUGGAGAGCCUGAACCCACUGUCACUGGCUACCCAACUGGAGAGCCUGAACCCACUGACACUGGUUACCCAACUGGAGAGCCUGAACCCACUGACACUGGCUACCCAACUGGAGAGCCUGAACCCACUGACACUGGCUACCCAACUGAGACCCCAAGCGCUUCGCAAACUGGUGAUGAGUAUCCCACUGGCGCUAACCCAACUGACUCUUAUCCCAGUGGUGGCGAGUCGAGCGUUUACCCAACCGGCGCUCAGCCAACCACCUCCACCAUUACCUACACCACCUGCAUCCCAACUGUGACCUCCUCCACCACUGUCAUCUACCCAACUAAGAGCACUGUUCCCACCUACUCAGCUGGCACUGAGGGUCUUCCCCAGCCAACCGGUGGCUACCCAACCAACCCUACCCCUCCCCCUUACCAGGAGGGUGCUGCCAGCUCCGUUGGAACCAACUUCGCCGUCGCCGGUCUCGCUGCUGUCGCUGCUCUCUUCCUUGCAUAG